AUGUCCAGCUUCCAGGAAUUGAGCUCUGACGAACAAGCGGCCUUGGACGCUUGGCUGCAGAGCUACGAAAUACCGCUGACCUAUCGCGAUGGACAGCAGCUCUGUGACGCACUGAAGGUGGCCAGAAUGUUUAACAGGAUCCUGCCAGGACUGGUCGACCUCACCAGCUACACGCCGUGCCUGAGCCUGCCGCUUAACUUCUUGAACUGGCAAAUCUUCAAUCAGCAGGUCCUGCGCAAACUGGACAUGGGCUUGCCCCUGGAGGAUCUUGAGAAGAUGGGUCAGGGCUGCGUUAAAACUAUUGACCUAUUGCUCCACACCCUGAUGACCAAUGAGUCGCGCUUGAAGCAGAAAGAAGUUUAG